CACAUCUUGCAUCUGCUCAUCAUCGCUUCCUCGUCAUCGCCGCACCGUCGCUCACUGACGAUCUGACUGUACUCACCAACAACAACCUCCGCGCACGCAAGGCAAGCAUGCCGGAAUCUCGGCUCGGUCUUUCCGACCGGCAAUCCCGGAGCCAAGCACACCUCAGGACAACUUGUCCGUCUUCACCACCAUAAUGGCCGUGCGGCCGUGCGGUCCGCUGCAGAACUCACUCGGCGUCCUCUCGACUGCUCGGCCCGUUUGUUUAAAGCCCCUCGACUUCCGCCCACCGUUUCUGUUCCCCUUCCUUCGUCUCUUGCUCCCAAGCUUGCCCAUCGCCUCGCCUCCCACUCUCCUUUCCGACGAUGCCCCGCCUCGCCGUCGUUGCGGCUGCGCUGGCAGUCGCGGCUAUCGCCGCGGCCAAGCGUUCCGACAAUCCAUAUUGUAAAAUGGACCCAUUUCUUGACCCCGCAAACGACUUAUGCAACCCCCUACGAUACAUUCCAAACCUCCCGCUGAACGCCGUCGCUGUCGCGCUGUAUGCGGCGUGCGCGACGGUGUUUACUUUCUACGAGUUCCGCUACCGUGGCAAAUACUUCCUCUGCCUUACGAUCGGUACAUGGUGCGAAGCGAUUGGCCUUGCCCUCCGCAUCGCGCUCCGCAAAGACCCACAUUCCCUUGGCCUGUACAUUGCCAUGUACAUGUUUGUUGUUCUCUCACCAUGCGCCUUCCUUGCGGCCGACUACAUCCUCCUCGGCCGCAUUGUCAAGCACCUCAAGGCUGCGCGCUACCUGUACCUUAACCCAGACAAGGUGUCGUGGAUCUUUGUGAUUUCCGACAUCAUCACCUUCUGCAUCCAGGCGACGGGGGGAGGCAUGUCAACUGCCGACGGCAUGCAGGAGACUGGCACAGACAUCUUCCUCGCCGGUCUCAUCCUCCAGCUCAUCAGCUUUGCCCUGUUUACAGUGCUCUACAUUAUCUUCUGGAACCGAGUCCGAAAAGACACAAAGGUCUGGAACCACCCAGGGUGGAAGCCGCUAUACUUCGCCCUCGGCUUUACGUGUAUCAUGUUCCUCACGCGGUCGAUCUUCCGCACGAUCGAACUCAGCGAGGGAUACGCCGGCCACCUCACAAUCCACGAGGAGUACUGGGCGUCGCUGGACGCGCUCCCCCUCCUCCUCGGUAUCGCAGUAUACUGCUACUUCUGGCCGCCCGCCAUCCUCACACCCGAAAGGGCGGUGGUUGCCGAGCCUGAUCUGGAAGCCGAGGAGACCGAGAUGUCGAGUGGCGCGGCCAGCCACGUGAUGGAGAAGAGCGCGUAAGCCGUAGCAGGAGAUAGACUGGAUCUGGGAAGGGAUAGAUUGUUUCCAUAGCAUUGCAUGCUUUCGAUCUCGUCGUCA